GCGCGGCGACCACAGAAAGGGCUUGUUUCGGGGACUGUGGUGUGGACCGGCGAUGCGCUGAUCUUGCCGGGCGCGCCUGGAAGGAAUAGACACGGACGCACUUAAAGCUAACGUAACCGGCUGUAGUCUACCCCAACGCAAAAAGGGGCAGGACAGAAGGCCGGUAGAGCGCUGAUCACCGUUGAAGCGGGGCGAUGCGCUCGCGGGGGUUCGUCCUCCUUUUUUCUCAACUUCACCUUAGUUUUCCCGCAAAAAAGACUUAAGGUGCGGUGGCCCCGAGCUCUGCGGAACCAAGAGGGGCGGACGUCGCGUUUCCGCCCGGUUGCAGAAACAGCCCGUGCACUACCAACCAGGGCGGCGUAGCUCAUUGGCGGAAGUGCAUCACGUGAAGGAAGAGAGCCUCGCUGGUCCUCUGCGGAACGACGUCGUAAAACCCGCCGCGCGCAAGCGUCGUUGCUCCCUUUUCCUCCCCCGACUUCCGGCACACCCGACGCCGGCGCCGUAGGUCAGCCGGGUGUGGGGAGCCGCGCGGCCCGGGGCUCCCCAGCGAGCGCGGGUGGUCCUCGGCGGCUCGGCCCGGUCUGCGCGCGGCGGCCAUGUCCAUCUUCACCCCCACCAACCAGAUCCGCCUGACCAACGUGGCGGUGGUGCGCAUGAAGCGCGCGGGGAAGCGCUUCGAGAUCGCGUGCUACCGCAACAAAGUGGUCAGCUGGCGCAGCGGCGUCGAGAAGGACCUGGACGAGGUGCUGCAGACGCACUCGGUGUUCGUGAACGUGUCCAAGGGGCAGGUGGCCAAGAAGGAGGACCUGCUGAGCGCGUUCGGGACGGACGACCAGACCGAGGUCUGCAAGCAGAUAUUGAGUAAAGGGGAGGUCCAGGUGUCAGAUAAAGAGCGGCAGACGCAGCUGGAGCAGAUGUUCAGGGACAUAGCAACCAUCGUAGCCGACAAGUGUGUGAACCCUGAGACGAAGAGACCGUACACGGUUAUCUUGAUUGAGAGAGCCAUGAAGGACAUCCACUAUUCGGUCAAAGCCAAUAAGAGUACAAAACAGCAGGCUUUGGAGGUGAUAAAGCAGUUAAAGGAGAAAAUGCAGAUCGAACGUGCCCACAUGAGGCUCCGGUUCCUUCUCCCGGUGAACGAAGGGAAGAAGCUGAAAGAAAAGCUCAAGCCCCUGAUCAAGGUCGUCGAGAGCGAGGACUACGGCCAACAGUUAGAGAUUGUGUGUCUGGUUGACCCAGGCUGCUUCAGGGAAAUCGACGAGCUGAUAAAAAAGGAGACGAAGGGCCGAGGUUCUUUGGAAGUCCUCAGCCUGAAAGACGUGGAGGAAGGAGAUGAGAAGCUGGAGUGACGCCCGACAGGCUCCACAGCUCAACACUACAGCGCCCUCUUCCCCACAGUCCCUCCCCUCUGGUCCGCCAGACUCGUGCUCAGACUCUGACGUCCGUCCUUGUGCUCCUGUGUACACAAACACACUCUUCUGAUAGGUAGUGCGCUGCAGGGCUCGCUCAGUUUUAGUCAUAAGGUAGGGUUUGGGGCAAAAAUGAAAAAUUCAAGACAGUGAGGGCAGAGGAGCGUUUCGCUGCUGUCUCGUGGCCCGGACUUUCCGGCCUGCAGAUGAUCUGAGGCAAGUCCAUGGGGAAACAGUUAGACUUUGUAUGUUGUGACAGGAGACAAAAAGGAAGUGUUUGUUGAAGAAAACAUAAUGUCCUGUUCUGACUUAACUAGAGUGUGGCCUCAUCCAUAGCUUAGACGAUGACCUGAGCAUCUGGAAGUAGCUCUGGGGUGACCCAGGAUUGAAGUGGUUCUCACUGACCAUGCAGCCAUAACCUUCGUGAUUCCCGGUAAAGAAUAACAUAACGUCAUCGGUUUCUGACCCUUAAAGUUUAUAAUAUAUGUUAACAGAGUGGAAUUAUAUGUAAUCAGUAAAAGCACUAUUUUUUAUUGAA